AAAACAGCUAGAUAGGGAGAUAAUGUAUAUCAUAUAUACCUAAUAUCAUCAGAAUGGUUUGAUAUUAUCGUUUAUGCGCGGUGUGAUGUCAACCAGGUGAAAGCGGAAGUGCUCGGCGGGGAACGCUCUUUCGCCAUCGUCCUGUUUUGAUCUAUUCGUGGCCCUGACCAAGCGGAAGUGAAAAGCAGUCGCAGGGCAGUCGCAGGGCAGUCGCGGUUCUGGUCGUCUUGUGCGCUUUCACUCGUUUGCGGCGCGCCAGGAUUCAACCCGCGGCCCCUCCGCCGUUGCUGAAAUUCACGCAGGGACCGGAUGGAGCCACGGGACAGGGACGAGAUGCGGGGGCCGGUGCUCCACAUCGUGGUCGUCGCCUUCCACCACAAGAAGGGCUGCCAGGUGGAGUUUUCGUACCCACCGCUGAUGGCGCACGAGGGCCACGACGGCAACAUGCUCCCCGACGAGUGGAAGUACCUCCCUUUCCUCGCGCUUCCCGACGGAGCUCACAACUACCAGGAAGACACCAUCUACUUCCACCUGCCCCCCCUCAGCGCGGACGGCAAGUGCGUCUACGGCGUGUCGUGCUACCGGCAGAUCGAGGCCAAGGCGCUGAAGGUCCGCCAGGCCGACGUCACCCGGGAAACGGUUCAGAAGAGCGUCUGCGUGCUCAGCCGGGUGCCUCUCUUCGGUCUUCUGCAAGCCAAACUGGAGCUGAUCACGCACGCUUACUUCGAGGAGAAAGACUUCUCCCAGAUCUCCAUCUUGAAGGAGCUCUACGAGCACAUGAACAGCUCCCUGAGGGGCUCCGCCCUGGACGGCUCGCAGGUCUUCCUCGGGUUGUCGCCGCGAGAUCUCAUCCUGCACUUCAAACACAAGGUUGUCGUCCUCUUCAAGCUCAUCCUGCUGGAGAAGAAGGUGCUCUUCUACGUGUCGCCCGUCAGCAGACUUGUGGGGACGCUGAUGACCGUCCUGUCGUUGUUCCCCGGGAUGAUGGAGCACGGCCUGGUGGACUCGUCCCACUACCGGCCCAAGAGCAGCGUGUCCGAGGAGUCCAACAGGCCGGCGAGCGUCUCGGGGGCCGAGGAGUUCGUGUCCGUGUCGCCCACGGAGGCCGGCGGGGAGGGCGACGUCGCCUCGCCGGCCUCCGGUAACGGCGGCGACAGGGGGGACCCUCACCUCAAGCCGCCCUCCCGCACGUCCCCCGAGUCUUCGGAGAGCGACUGGGAGACGCUGGACCCCUGCGUGCUGGACGAGGCGCCCAAGGAGGGGGCGGAGGGCGAGGGGCCGGGAACCGAGGCCACGGCGCCCAUCACGGUGCAGCCCCUCGGGGGGCAGGGCGGCGUCGCCCAGGGGCUGCUGUCGGGUCUGGAGGAGGACCAGUACGGCAUGCCGCUCGCCAUCUUCACCAAAGGUUACCUGUGUCUUCCAUACAUGGCGCUGCAGCAGCACCACCUUCUGUCGGACGUGUCGGUGCGCGGCUUCGUCGCCGGGGCCACCAACAUUUUGUUCCGCCAGCAGAGGCACCUGAGCGACGCCGUCGUGGAGGUGGACGAGGCCAACGUCCAAAUCCACGACAACGAGCUGCGCAAAGUUCUGGGCCUGACCACGGCCGACCUGCGCUUCGCCGACUACCUCCUCAAACACGUGACGGAGAACCGCGACGACGUCUUCCUGGACGGGACGGGCUGGGAGGGCGGCGACGAGUGGAUCCGGGCGCAGUUUGCGCUCUACCUCCACGCCCUGCUGGCGUCCUGCCUGCAGGAAGACAACGAGAGGCUGCUGGCGGAUUACGGCGCCGCCUUCAUCGGCGCAUGGAAGGUCACGCACAACUACCGGCUGUGGCACAGCAACAAGCACGCCGCCAUGGCUGCCGUCACGCCGGGACAUCCUUGCCAGGGCCAGUACAGCGUCGCCGACGUCAAACUGCGCCUGUCACACUCGGUGCACAACAGCGAGCGAGGCAAAAAGAUCGGCAACGCCAUGAUGACCACCAGCAGGAGCGUGGUCCAGACCGGCAAGGCCGUCGGUCAGUCAGUGGGCGGAGCCUUAACCAGCGCCAAGUCCGUCAUGUCGUCCUGGUUCUCCACUCUGGCGCAGCCCGCCGCCGCGUCCCAGCCGGACGCUCCCGCGGGCCAGUCCGAACCCUGAGCCCCCGCCGCCCCGACCCGUUGACAGGAAGGCGGCGCCGACGUGACCGCGCUGCCCACAUCACUGCCGUUUUGGAUCGCUGGACUACUUCCUGUAACGCACGCCGUCGCUUCCACGCCAUCCGUGUUUGCCGCGGUUGCCUUGGUAACGGGCUGGUUGUUACGGUAACUGGACAGCCGUCUCCCUCAACCCUGCUGCAUGGUCAACACUAAAUGGGGAAAGUUGACAUUUUAAAAAUAUAAUUUAUACUUUAACAAAUGUGGAACGAUGCUCGUGUGGACUUUUAUCAAAUUAGCUCAGCAUUCACAAUUUUAGAUGUCAAGAUUUACAAACAAUUUAUUCAUUUCACGAUUUUUAUCAGUCAGGAAUAUAUUUGUAUGUAAACCGGCCUUUUAUAAAAUCGGUUAUCCUUACAAACGAGUGGCGGCCGACGGGUAGAUCGAUCGUUCACAUUUGUGAAUUUUAUUUUGAAGACUGCUGGGGUGGGACACGGGGGGGGGGGGGGUGAGGGAGGGCAUAAUGGCGUUACCUGAUCAUCUACAUUGUUAUGACGAGAAUCCUCGCGGAAUUCGGCCGCCUCCUCAAAACUGACAAGUUUCACUUGAUCAUCUAGUUUGGCUUUUUUUUUUUUUUUAAUAUCGAAUUGAUUUUGUUCACAAAUCAAAUCUGUUCCCGUUUUGUCUGGACACUGGAGGAAAAAGUCCGAAAGUCUGUCAUUUUUUUUUUUUUUGCCGUGUAAUGAAAUAAUGUCAUUUAACCGGCGGACGUAUGUACAUGUGUCAUUUAUGGAAUGUUUUCCCCCCGUUUGGGUUGUUCUUAUUUAUACUUAAUUGUAUGUAAAAAGUCAAGCUGCUUUUUUUUUUUUUUAAUAUCCUGAUUACAUAUUUUAUUUUGUAAUUUUAAAAAAGUGUAUUCCGAUCCACAGAAUAUUUUCUUGACAGAUGCUCGUAUUGUAAAAAUAUGUUAAAACUAUAUUGCUGCAUUAAAAAGAAAUGAUACCACAGCCUUUUGUCUUCUCGAGCUAAAUCUUAAAAGUUUUCCUUCUUAAAAUGAGGAAUUUUUUUUUUUUUUUGGUAUGCUUUUUAAUAAAUUAACGAUCAUUGAGAAUACAGUGCCAAAGGAAUACAAUGCAGCCAAACAUGCUCAGAACAUUUUCCAUGAAACACCUGUGCUCAUGAGUUUUAAGGCCCCCCCUCACACACACACACCCCCCCACCCCGCCCGACUACUGCUAGUGGUUGCCGGGGGCCACCCCCGGCCAGGCCCGCGCGCUCGAUUCCCUUCCUCCGGGAAAAAAAACCAAAAAAAAAAAACGUUAGCAGACGAAAGGACCGACUUCUAGCCACAGUCGCGCUACAGUAAUUUCUGAUAUUAAAUAAAAAAACAAACAAAAAGAAAACCUAAUAAUACAAAAUAGACCUGGUUAUCACCCCCCCCACACACACACACACUAACAUUUUAAACAUAUGAAAAAUAGAUAUUUUAUCAUAUAUAUAUAUAAUAUAUAGUUCAGCAGCUUGGAAAUGAGAAAUGCUGAUUUUGUACGUGUGAGAAAGUGAGAGAAAGAGAGAAAAGAGAGAGAAAAAAGAGAGAGAUCAGCGUAGCGUGAGGCAUAGACUUGACGGUUGUGUGGAAGGCCCCGGGUGCAGCGGGCGAGCGACCGGACCCGCAGUCGCCCUUGCCGCCCCACCCCAAAAGAACCCCCCCCCCCAAAAAAAAAAAAUA